AUGAGGCUGCACUUGCUGGGUUUGGCUCUUGCCAUGGCCACCGUUGAAGCGUUUCCUCAUGACUCAAAAUCAUCACCUACCUAUUUCUUCACUUUUGGAGAUUCAUACACCAUGACUAGCUUCAACAUAACUGGUGAACAAGCAACACCUGCAGAUCCCAUGGGAAAUCCCGCUUUAGGAACCGGAACAACAGGAGGAGGUAUCAACUGGGUAGGGGAUUUGACAACUGUGGACAACGACUCUCUUAUCUUGAGCUACAAUCUUGCCGUGGGUGGUGCAACAAUCGAUAAUAAAAUUAUCAAUGCCGGAGUUGAGGACAUGGCGACACAAGUCGCGUCAUUCGUUUCAGUUUAUGGUGAUAAGCCCGGUAUUGCGCCAUGGUCUUCCGAUGAUACAGUCUUCGGGUUCUGGAUUGGAAUCAAUGAUGUUGGCUGGGCAUACUCCACUGAAAAUGCCAGUAUUCUUGUGCCUAUGCUCAUGGCGGAGUAUAAGUCACUGGCUCAACAAAUCUACGACCUUGGAGGGCGCAACUUUCUAUUUUUGAAUGUGCCACCCACCAGUCGAAGCCCAUACAUUCUGUCAACGGGUUUAGAUGCUUCUCGAGCUCAUGCAGCGUGGCUAUCCGUUUUCAAUGAGCAUCUAAAGCUGAUGGUCAUGGGAUUUCGGGAUGAACACCCAGAUAUCCAAUACGUCCUCUACGAUUCCUGGAAAUUCAUGACUGGCAUUCUGGACAAUCCACAUCAAUAUGGCUACCCUAAUAACACUUGUAUUGAUGCGGAUGGGACAACUUGUAUCUGGUGGAAUAACUAUCACCCCGGGCUUCGGUACCACGCAUACCAAGCGGCUGAUAUGAAGAAGUAUUUGCAUCCAUUUGGCGCAUGGUAA